AUGCCAGUGCUGAAGCAGCAGGGCCCGGUGCAGUCCAAGAAGCGUCCGGAGCGCGGCGCUCUGUCCAUCUCGGCGCCGCUCGGCGAUUUCCGGCACACACUGCACGUGGGGCGUGGCGGCGACGCCUUCGGGGACACGUCGUUCCUGGGCCGCCAGGGCGCGGGGCCGCCCCUAGAGCCCCCGGCGCCCCCCGCGGGGGCUCCGCACAGCGUCCCGCCGCCGCCCACCGACCCGCUGCUGUCCUUCCACCUGGACCUCGGGCCCUCCAUACUGGACGCCGUGCUGAGUGUCAUGGACGUGGGGCGCUCGGAGGCCAUGGCUCAGCCAGGCCAGGACCCCAGCGCCAGCCCAGCGAGGAGCCAGAGCGGCACGGCGUGA